CCGAGCCACGAGCUUGGAGCUUUUUAUCCACUCCCACUUACAAGUGACCCGGUCUAUUUAUAUAUACAGAACUCCUCGACCAGUGCCUAAGUUGCUUAAUCAGGAUAGGUGCGUUCAUGGCUCCGAGAGGCAGCGUGGGCGUGGCCCUCGCCGUGGCGGCGUGCGCGCUGUGGCUGCUGCCGGCGACGGCCAGCGGCGCGCUCCGCGUCGGCUUCUACCAGAACAGCUGCCCCAACGCCGAGGCGCUCGUCCGCCAGGCCGUCGCCGCCGCCUUCGCCAAGGACGCCGGCGUCGCCGCCGGCCUCAUCCGCCUCCACUUCCAUGACUGCUUCGUCCGGGGCUGUGAUGCCUCCGUGCUUCUGACCAAGAACCCCGGCGGCGGCCAAACGGAGCGCGAGGUGGGGCCCAACAACCCCAGCCUCCGCGGCUUCGACGUCAUCGACGCCGCCAAGGCCGCCGUCGAGCGGAGCUGCCCGCGCACGGUCUCCUGCGCCGACAUCAUCGCCUUCGCCGCCCGCGACAGCGUCAAGCUCACCGGCAACGUCGACUACCAGGUCCCCGCCGGCCGCCGGGACGGCCGCGUGUCCAAUGGCACCGAGGCCCUCGACAACCUUCCACCGCCCACCGCCACGGCGGCGACCCUCGCAGACAUGUUCGCCAACAAGUUCCUCACCCUCGACGAGAUGGUCGUCCUCUCCGGCGCCCACUCCGUCGGCCGUUCCUUCUGCGCCUCCUUCUUCAACCGCGUCUGGACUAAUAAUGGCACCACCCCAUUCGUGGACGCCGGUCUGGAUCCGGCGUACGCGGCGCGGCUGCGUGCGCUGUGCCCGAGGGAAGACACGCCGGCGACGACGCCAAUGGACCCGGACACGCCGGCGACGCUGGACAACAACUACUACAAGCUGCUGCCGCAGAGCAAGGGGCUCUUCUUCUCCGACAACCAGCUGCGCGUGAACGCGACGAUGAACGCGCUGGCGACCCGGUUCGCGGCGAACGAGGCCGAGUGGAAGCAGCGGUUCGUGGCCGCCAUGGUGAAGAUGGGCCACAUCGAGGUGCAGACCGGGAGGUGCGGCGAGAUCCGCGUCGACUGCAACGUCGUCAACCCGUCGUCGUCGUCCUCGUCGCCGGAGGUGGUCGAGCUGCCGCCGGGCGAGGGGGAGGAGGAGGAGGCCGUGGGCGUCGCCGUCGCGGCGAGCUAGGCCAGGCAGCCACGGAUCGUACGACUCUCUCGUGACGUGCACGAGACCAUUUGAAAUUUCUGCGUGUCGACCUUUAAUUUAAUUUGUCGCGCUAAGUAAUUCUCUCGAGUGUGGUGUAUUAGCGUGCGUUUUGCAUCUCCUGCAAUCUUGGACUGUUUUUAAUUUCGUAUUCGAGCGUUAAUAACUAUACGUAUACGUAUACCGGUAUACGUACCAGCUGUACUGUUUUCAUCCGUCUUGUACUCUUGUCUGACAAUUAGAGUUUGACCGUUGACUGUUUGCUCUGGCACUGGCUGGGAAAGGGAGAGCGGCCCGUGUUAGCUGGCCCAUAGAGGGAUUGCGUCUAACGUGCAGCCCAUUCUAAUUGGGCCGAAAUGGUAUUGUGGGUAGCUGCAACUCAAACAUUAUGAGGUCGUUCUGGUCGAUGAUCUCUCGUACAUGGAGUUAUCCAAGAUGAUAAUUGUAUUAUCUAUUUGAAGAGCUAUUGUUAU